UUGGGAAGUGUCAUUUAGGGCAAUGCCGUGGUUUGUUUACAAGUGGUGGACACUGGGUCCACGCCGCGGGCCCGGUGACGUCUUCGGGUUUGUGAUGUCACCGUCGCUGGCUGCUGCGCCGCUCCGCAGCCUGCGGGCAGGUGACGUCACCGUCGGAACCCGUGCAGACAAGUGCGCGCCGGAGGAAUUAGCGAGGCUGGCGGCCUGAGAUGCCGGGAAAGAGGAGGAACCGAUGCAACGGCAGAUGCGGUGUGGCGUUCGCACCACCAGGGCUGGGCGCCUAGCCCCCUUAUGGACUGGCUCCGCCCCCGCCGUGACCUUUGCGCGCCAGCCAAUCCGAGCCGGCCGCGGUGACGCGCAGCCUAUCAACGUCCACAACACGCCGGGCGCUUCCGUGUUCGCGAGCGCACCCGACCCGAGUCCUCAGGGGGAGGGGGCGAGGCCGACGGGCCCCACUGUCACCCAAGUACAGCCCACCCGGCUCGGCCGAUCUGCGGUUCCCGGCCCGCCGCCUCUCGGGGGACCUUAUGGCUUCGGAAGGCCUGAGAGGGGCGCUGACGGCCGUGCUGGGGGGCCGGGGGCUGCUCGUGCAGAACUAUGAUUCGGGGCCGGCUGGGGAGCCGCCGGCGCCGGUGCGGCUACGGAAGAAUGUCUGCUACGUGGUGCUGGCCGUGUUCCUCAACGAGCAGGAUGAGGUGCUACUGGUCCAGGAGGCCAAGAAGGAGUGCCGUGGGUCGUGGUACCUUCCUGCGGGGCGGAUGGAGCCUGGGGAGACCAUUGUGGAGGCGCUGCAGCGGGAGGUGAAGGAGGAGGCCGGGCUGCAGUGUGAGCCUCUGACGUUGCUGUCUGUGGAGGAGCGGGGCCCCUCCUGGAUCCGCUUCGCAUUCCUCACCCGCCCCACAGGUGGAAUUCUCAAGACUCCCAAGGAAGCAGAUGCAGAGUCCCUACAGGCUGGCUGGUACCCACGAACCUCACUGCCUACCCCACUGCGGGCCCAGGACAUUCUUCAUCUGGUCAACCUCGCUGCCCAGUAUCACCAGCGAGCCAGGCACCCUCUCCUCCUUCCCCAAGAGCUUCCCUGCAGUCUGGUCUGCCAGCGACUUGUGGCCACCUUCACCAGCGUCCAGACAGUGUGGGUGUUGGUGGGCACAGUGGGGACGCCUCACUUGCCUGUCACCGCCUGUGGCUUCGCUCCCAUGGAGCAGAGGGGUGGCAUCAAGAUGGCCGUCCUGCGGCUGCUACAGGAGUGUCUGACCCUGCACCACUUGGCAGUAGAGACCAAGGGGUUGCUUGGACUGCAACACCUGGGCAAAGACCUAACGGAUGGCAUCUGCAUGAACGUGCUGGUCACCGUGGCUUUUCGGAAUCCGGGUCUCCAAAACGAGCCCCCAAAGGUUCGGGGUGAGAACUUCUUUUGGUGGAAGGUGGUGGAGGAAGACCUGCAAAACCAGCUUUUACAGCGGCUUCGGGACUCAUCUGUCGUCCCAAUCAACAGAUAGGAGGUGGGCGUCAGUGGGCCGGAGCAAGGCAUUCGUGCUUUGGAGGAAGUUUUUGCUUUGGAGGAAGUUUUUGCUUUGGAGCAGGGCAGGGGUGUGGCAGUCAGAGAUCUUCUUGCAUGAGGACCUGAGCAGUUCUCCUGGCUCCCAGGGGGACUGCCCUCUCUUGUCACCACGGAGCAGGUCCCUGCACAGCACCCAAAGGGACAAUGCCUUCAGCUGAACAAGGAGUCCAGAGCUCGGGGACCCAGUUGCCCUGAAAUUCCAAUGAGGGCAGGACUCCCUAAGGGGACGUGAGGACCUUCGGGACCUGAGGUGGCAUCUCCUCAUUUUCUGUGCCCUUGCCAGAUGCUAGGCACUUAGAACAUGGAAUGGGUGUGGGGGAGGUCAUUCCAAGGGAGAGGGUCCCUGGCUGAGUAAAUAAGUGUUACUGACUUUGCAUUCCCACCUAUAUGUUUCUGUGGGUCGGACUUGAGUUGGAAGGGGGAACUGCUAUCAAGAGAAGCUCCUCCGCUCAUCCCAUGGAAACCACACAGGCCUUCCCAGACAGCAGGUGACCGGCUGGCAGACUCCCUUUGUCCACCACAGCUUGGCGCAGGCCUGCCGGGUGGGAUGUGGGCACAUCCCCUCCAAGGUCUGAGCGGUGAGAUGCCCAGAAGCUUCAGGUGGGCGAGGAGCUGUGAGAGCUGCCCGUCUCUUUUCUCCUUGAGUUUCUCUGAGGGAUCAGCGUCGCUCCACCCCCAGGCUCAUUCCUGCCUCUGCCCUGGUACAACUCCAGCCCAAAGCCAGACCAAAACCCUCUCUUCAUUCCCCUUAGCUCAGCUGAAUCAUGGUAGUAAUUUUUUUUUUUUUUAAAGAACUUUACUGAAGUUUAAGGGAAAACCAAAGGAAAUGAAGAAAUAUGUACUGACUGCUAUACACGCAUCACUGGAUGUACAGUUUUGGUUCUGAGCAGGGAAAAUACUUGGCUGGGUUUCCCUCCUGAAGUAACUCCACUCUGACGCCCAAGGACCAGGACAACCUCAGAGGCCCCCUGCCCUGCCUCUUUGGGCUGCCAUCUUGUUUUUCUGACCUCUGGAGCUGUGCUAGGAACCCACUUGUUCCCUCUAAAGACUUCUUCCAAAUGAAGGAAUCAAACCCUUUUA